GAUUGGACGUGCACUUCCGGCACGUUCGCCGAAGAGGCGCAAUCAGGCUGCGCGUUGUUGCGGCGUGUGCGUGCGUGCGUGCUGACGGACUGACGGAGCCGGUGCGCCGGUAGCCUCAGUGCUGUACUAUGGACCUGCGGAGCAGUGCUGAGACAGACCCGGAUCUCUCCGAAUACCACGCCGGCUCCGUCCUGCCGGAGCUGCAGUCCAGGAAGCAGGAGCAGGAGAAGCUGUCGGGGGUGGUGAAGAGCGUGCACCGAAAACUCCGCAGGAAAUACAUUGAAGUGGGAGAUUUCGAGAAAAUAUGGCGUGAACAUUGUGAAGACGAGCAGACUCUCAGCGAAUAUGCCAUGGCCAUGAAGAACUUGGCUGACAACCACUGGGCGAAUAAAUGUGAGGGUGAGGGGCGCAUUGAGUGGUGCCGCAGUGUUUGUCAGGAGUACUUCCAGGAUGGAGGGAUGAGGCGAGUGUUGGAGAAGGAUGAGAAGAGUGCUAGACACGCCGCAGCUGGGAAUAACGCAUCUGCAAACUCUCUACCACAAUCGUCCUCUUCAAGCUCAGCGUUCCAGCUUGGGAGGAUACGGCUGUUGGAUGUGGGCAGCUGUUUCAAUCCCUUCCUGAAGUUUGACGAGUUUCUGACUGUCGGUAUCGACAUUGUGCCAGCAGUAGAGAGCGUCUACAAAUGCGACUUUCUCAACCUGCAGCUGCAGCAACCUCUGCAGCUGGCCAGCGAUGCUUUGGAUGCCUUCCUGCGGCAGCUGCGUGGCCCCAUUGACGCUUUACCUGCCCAGCUGUUUCACGUGGUAGUGUUCUCCCUGCUUCUCUCCUACUUCCCCUCACCCUACCAGCGCUGGCUCUGCUGCAAGAAAGCACAUGAACUCCUGACCCUGAACGGCCUGCUCCUCAUCAUCACCCCUGACUCCUCCCACCAGGGCCGGCACACACUUAUGAUGCGCAGCUGGCGAGUUGCAGUGGAGUCUCUGGGCUUCAAGCGCUACAAGUACGUCAAGUUCUCCCACAUGCACCUGAUUGCUUUCCGCAAGGUGUCGCUCACCACCAUCAGCGACCUGGUCAGCCGCAACUACCCGGAGAUGCUUUACAUCCCACAGGACUUUAACACGUUCGACGAGGACGGAUUCGCAGAUUGCUACGAGCCUCCACGCUCCGAUUUCGAGGACGACCAGUUGGCGUGUAGCUUUGCGGAAUUGCCAGACACACCGUACGAUUCGGACUCGGGCGAGAGCCAGAGCAGCUCAGCUCCCUUCCACGAGCUGGAAGACCCUAUUUUGCUGCAGAGCUGAACUUGUUUACUGCCCCUUGUGAUAUUUAGUACCCUACCUUCGUGCUGCCAAAAUUGCUGUGCUGCAUUUGUGUACUCGACCCCUUUUUAAGCAGCAAACCGUUUGCACAGAGUGAAUGAGGACGUUUAAGUGGGCGUUGAUUUUUAAGAGUGUGCAAGACAUCCCUUUGAAGACAUGUACACACUAAACAGAUUAAGUCUUAAUUAAGAAAGUGAGGUUUUGUAACAGAAGCAGUUAUGUGAUUUCAGGUCGAGGAAGAUUUUGCUCACUCACUUUGGCUGUUUUCUCAUUUAGAAUUACUGUCAACUGGAUAAACCGUUUCAAACUAGAAUAACUUAUACCUUAGGCGUAGUUAUUGUCGGUGACAAAAAGUCCAAACUUUUGGUUGGAGUUACCAUGCUGUUUUGGACUUUUUCCGCUGAAUUCCAAAAAAGGAGUUCAGCCAAAAAUGAACAUUGUCAUCAUUUACCCAUCCUCAUGUCAUUUCAAACCUGUAUGAAUUCUGCCUUCUCUGAAAUGCAUACAUUUUCACAUUUUUACUGAAAGUUACAUUGAAAUGAAAGUUACAAUGAAAGUAAAUGGGGUCCAAAACAGUGUUGUAAGAUCAAAAACAGUUAACAUUGAAAUAAAAAAAAUUCAUACAGUUUUGGAACAUGGUGGUGAGAAAAUUAUGACAAAAUUUUCAAUUUUUGCGUGAACUAUCCAAUUAAUGGUUUGAUUCUUAGCAAGUUUUCACUGGACGUUUUAGAUGUCAAUUUCAGCCAUCUGUGCUACCGACUUUUUGGAAUAGCCUUUAUCAAUGAUAUUUGUAGCAUUUUAAGUGUCUGCAGAAUUUGUGCGUGUUUGGUUAUGUGACGUUGUAACUGUGAAUGUGGAUUUUUCGCUUCAACAAGGUACAAAUCAUGCGAAGUAGUCAUAGUUUUUUAGAACAAACAAUCUUGCAGGUGACCAUAUUGGGUGCAUGCGUUGUGGUUUCUAACCUUGCGAUCAAACGGCCUGAAAUUAGCUGCGUGUCUGCCUUCGUUUUCGUUUUAAGCACUAAUGUAACCAGUAAUUUCCAAUUACUUGUCAGUAAUAUGUAGUAUGGAACAGGUUAGAGUUCUCUGCGUUUCGCCAUAAUGUGACUUUAUUGAGUAGGAUGAUUGUUUACUCUCGAAACCUUUGGUUGCUCUAAAUCUACUUCCUGUAUCGUUAUCUGGUGUAUAUCCCAUUAAGUUUCAGUACAUUAUUUUAGUUACUAAAUUACUGAAUAUAACUUUUAAGGUACAAAUGUUUGGAAAGUACUCUGCCAGAUAUUGAUUUCAAGUACUACAAAAAGAUUGUUGCGUAUCACUGUACGUUUUUAGCUCCUGUGUAUGUAACUGCAGAAUUUGCUAUUUUUUUUAUCCACUCCAGGUUCUUAAAAACACUAUUUUGACUGUCCAAGCACAUAUUUGCAUGUUUUCAAUAAUACCCUCCUUGUGGGUUGACAAAAUAUUGAUAUUGGCAUCAGCAUUUCAUUAGAAUAGCAAUACAUUCAUAAUCAUAAACAGUCAAAAAUUCCCCAUAUCACUGUAACCUGGCAGUUAAAUUGAGUGACUGAUAUUAGGCACUGUUUUCUAUUGAAUUCAUGUAGUUAUCGUUUGGUAAACCUGAUGACAUGAGAAUAUGCUGUGAUGGGUCUUUACUCUUGAAGGAGUGUGUGAGAUGUGCAUUGGGGUUCUGUUGAAGUAUAUAUGUGAGGUUUUGGUGUUAGGCACUUUAAAUGUGUUGUAGGGUUGCCAAAAAGUGUGGAAAGUUUUGAAAUGGUUAUAGAAUUCAGUAUGUGAUCUUUCAGGGUAUCAGAAAAAAAAUCCUCCUCAAGGUGCCUUCAAACCCAAAUUGUAUUUUUGCAUUUGUGAUUUUAUAGACUGGAUUCAAGAACAGGCUACUGAUUGUCAUUAGGAAGUGAUAAUUUCUCUCCCACAAUAAACAUACAUACUUUCAGCAAAUUAACCAGCUCUUGGAAAAAAUGUACUAAAAUACUGCCCUAUUAGCAAUAGUAUUUAAAGGCAUUCUUUAGUCCGUACUCGAUUUAUAAAUCUGACAACAAAGAUGUUUUAAAACCAUUUAAAAAAGAAAAAAAAAGCUUUGUAUUAUAUUUUUACUUGGUGGUGUGUUCAAACAUUCACAUAUCAAAUGUCUUUGUCUUCACCGGGCUCUAAUCCACUGUUUGCAUGAUUGAUUUUCUUUAUCAGUGUUAUGAUGGUUGACUCCCACAAAACCAGACUAUUUGUGAUGAAUAUUGUUAUUCAUCUUUUAUAAAUAAAGGUUUUGUUGACUUC